UGUUCUUACCUUGUGGCAGAUGUGUUCUCGGCAUGUGAAGAACUCAUGCAGACAGUGUAGGCUUUGCCAAGGCUGACAUGAUGUGACUUAUAUAACACAUUAUCACAUAUAUGAACUUGAAAUCUCUCAUCAUUCUUGAUGCAAUGAAUGAGACUGCACUGUGUGUGGGCUCCUUGUUGGAGCAUCUUCAUGGCCUGCUGUGGAGUGAAAGUUUUUGGCUGCCUGCUGGAUACACCUGGAAAGAUGUAGAAUCAACUCCUGUUAAGCCAAGACCUCAGUUUUCAGAUGUUUAUCUUGCCAUUCCUCUGGGUCUGCUGAUAUUGGCUGUCCGCAUUUUAUUUCAAAGUCAGGUGUUUCGUCCUCUGGGCAUAUCUCUUGGACUGAAACCUGUGAAAACAUCACAAGCGACAAAAAAUAACAUAUUGGAGAAAGCUGUUCAGACAAGGCUCCUUGACAAGAAUGGAAUUAUGGGUCUUGCAAAGCAGGUUGAGUGGAGUGAAGGCCAAGUGAAGAGAUGGCUGAGAAACUAUCAAAGAAGUAGAAAACCUGGACUCCUUGUCAAGUUCUGUGAGAGCGGUUGGAGGUUCACUUUCUACUCAAGUGCCUUUGUGUAUGGCCUCUUGACUCUGUGGGGAAAACCUUGGCUCUGGGAUACAUCUCAGAUCUGGGCAGGCCAUCCAAAUCAGCCUGUGACGUGGGAUAUACGAUGGUAUUAUAUAUUUGAGCUGGGCUUCUACUGGUCAUUGAUGCUGUCACAAUUCUUUGAUGUGCGUCGCAAGGACUUCUAUCCCAUGUUUUUGCAUCACUGUGCCACAAUUUUGCUUAUGACAUUUUCAUGGCUGUCAUCGUGCUUUCGUGUUGGGACCCUCAUCCUUUUGCUACAUGAUAUUUCAGACAUCUUCAUGGAGGCAGCAAAGAUGUACAAUUACUUGGGAAAGCGUUACGAGAUAGUGUGUAACUCCACAUUUGGGAUCUUCACCAUAACGUGGUUCAUCACACGACUUGGUGUCUUCCCUUACAUUGUCUUCAAGUGCUGUUGGAUCGAUUCAUUUGUCCAGCUGCCAGCUCCAUUCCCAGGCCUAUACUUCCUCAAUACUUGCCUCGUGCUUCUCCAGGUCUUGCAUGUCUACUGGACCUAUCUCAUCCUCCGAGUUCUCUGCACUGUUGCUACUUCCAAUCAGCCAAGGGAUGUGAGGAGUUCAUCAGAACCAUCAAGUGAAGAAGAGACCUCCAAAGCUAGUGUCCCCAAUGGAGUGAAACCAUCACCCUCCUGUCCCAACAACCAUCACCAUCACCUCAAUAAUAAUCACCAUCAUCAUCUUAACAACCACCAUAACCACAAUUCGCCCUUUUCCUAGUCCAUCUUCAUUCCACACUCUUCCACUGGUUGAUUUUGUUUGGUGAAUGUAUAUGAUGAUGAGGAAGAGCUUGUUAUGUGACACAGAUUGGUCCUUUCCAGAUCCAUUUCACUUGAGGAAGAGACUUUUAAAAAAUAGGCAUGCAUCUCUUGGGAAUCAAUUGAAAGAAAUAGAAUUAAUCUUACUGGAGGGACUAUUCUCUGCAAGUGAUUGUGAUAUCAUUAUCUCCUUUUUUUCUUGUUUCUUUUGUAGUUUUUGUUACACCUCCAGACAUAAUGCAUUUUAGGCUAUUCAGCCGUCCUCGUUAGUCUAUGGUUGCAUUUUUCUCUGGGUUUCGUGCACGAGCAAAGUUUGCUCUCUCCCAUUUCUCUUGCUAGCCAUGAGUUCUCUUUGCCUCAGGAACAAUGUGCUUCGAUUCUGGUUGGAUCUUUCAGCUCAGUGCCUGACCGUCUUCCAUGCCUUUUUUUUUUUUACAUGUAUUUCUAUAAUAAAGUUUUUUUUCUCUUCCUUGCAUGCACUUGCCUAAAUUCUGAGUUGCUCAUUGAAUGGAUGGUGCCCAGUUCUGUUUUUUUUUUUUCUCAAUAUCUGAUGUAGUAACGUUGUUGUAGAGUGACGAAAGCAGUGCCAAGUGUAUCCUGUUAUAUCUAGGGCUGAGCCUUUGUGCAGUGUAUUUACGAUCAUGAAUGUGACUGCUACAUGCCUCAUAACUAUUUUUUCUGCUAGUUGCAGCUGUGAAGAAACCAGGAAUUUGAAUCACUUUCAGCCAACUAUAAUCAAAAGCUUUUGCUGUAAAAAAAAACAUAUCAGGAGAGAUCAACAAAUCAUUUACUUCCAGUUGUUCAAAUUUGGCCAUCAUGAAAGCAGUAAGCUCAAUGAGGCAUGAGUGAGAAAUCCGUACUUCCACUCAGUGUAUCAUAAUUGUAUCCUGCUUAGGUGAUUGUCGUCUCCUGUUGCUUAUUGCUGCUGUCUCAGAAACUGAAUUUUGCAAACCAUUUAUAGAUCAAUAUUGACUGAGAUGCUUCCUUCCAACAAAGUUCAUUGAUUGAAUUGAUGUGAUGCUUCAAAACUUGAUGUAUUUUACAGCGUCCUCCAUUCCCCAUCAAAAUCUGAACCUGUCUUUCUGAUGUGGUGUCUUGAUGUUUUUUUUCUACAUGCAUUUAGCAGAGCAUCUGGUGUGACGUGUGCAUUUUGCAUGUCCAAUGUUCCGUACAAUGCUUUUCCGAUUGUGAAUUGCCGAAGAGGAAGGAGAGUUCUGGAGAAAGUCUGAGUUUUUCCAUGCUCGUUGCUUCUCUAAGCACAGAUGUGAUAUGAAAUUUAAAGGCAUUUCCCCCCUCCUGUUUAUUUUAGCAUCGCUUUUGUUUUGGAGGGGACUCGACACAGCAUUGGCUGUUGCCUAUCGGUCUCCACAGGAAUAAAUGGCAUAUUGACUCUGGAAAUCCUAUUGUGUCUUUUUUAAAUCAUGGAAUCUGUUGUACAUGGUUCAUUCAAAAAUAUAAUGGAAAUGAUUCCAUUGUAUGAUUGAGGCCUGAAGGC